AUGUGGUUUAAUUUUGAAACUUUAGUUCCUUUUACACCAAACCCAUGUGAGAUUUUUCAAGAAAAGAGCUCAUUCUCAAAUGAAAAACAAGUUUCUCAGCUCAGUAUUGGAGCUUUAAAUGUAGGGGAAAAAGAAGAUGAAGGGGAUGAAAAGAGUGAGUUUUGGCAACAACCUGAUGGGUUAGGUUAUAGGCCUUGUUUGGAUUUCAGUGCAGAGUAUAGGAAAACAAGUAUAGAUAUUGUAAAAGGAAGGAAAAAAUAUUUAAUGGUGGUGGUUUCUGAUGGAAUGAAUCAGCAAAGAAAUCAGAUUGUGGAUUAUGUGGUAAUUGCUAGGAUUCUUGGUGCUGCUCUUGUUGUUCCUAUUUUGCAAGUUAAUGUCAUUUGGGGUGAUGAAAAUGAGUUCUCUGAGAUAUUUGACUUGGAUCAUUUUAAGGAAGUAUUAGCAAAUGAUGUAAGAAUAGUUUCAUCACUUCUAUCUACACAUGUGAUGAGUAGUACCAGUGGAGGAGUCAAGGACUCCUCUCCAAAAGAAACUACAGAUAUGUGUAUGGACUUCCUUCAGUUAAAGAAACACAUUUAUUAA